AUGUUUGGAGAGAGCUAUAUCGAGCGCAAGAUCGACUUCGUGACGGGUCAUACUGGCAGUAAUGUCUGGGACAUCACUCGAGUGACACUGGUCGCUCCGGCUGCUGCAUUGCUCUGGGCUGUUCUCCAAACCAGACAGAAAUUUUUCGACCCCUAUACUCCAUCAGCAUAUCUGGCUGAUUUCUUGCUUCAAGUUGGGGCUAUUCUUUUUGCUGUCACGGCGUAUGCUGACAACCCUUCUGUGUUGAUUGGAUUCCUCUUGAUUCCAGCAAUUGGUACUCUUCUUAAUGGCGACAACCUUGAACACAGAUUCAACAAGCCUGCAAAGCCUCCUGUCAAGGAAGAUGAUACCGCUGGACCCCCUGAACCUGUUGAUCCGGUCCCUGUUAAGCCUUUCAUCACCACUUACAGAGGUGCCAUGAUGAUCAUCACUUGUAUCUCUAUCCUGGCUGUGGAUUUCCCUGUAUUCCCUCGUCGUUUCGCAAAGGUCGAGAACUGGGGUGUUUCUCUUAUGGAUCUCGGUGUUGGUUCCUUCGUCUUCGGUGCUGGUCUGGUUUAUGCUCGUCAGGCACUUAAGGAAGAGGACGAGGACGCACCCAAGGUCCCCUUUGCCAUCAAGAUGAACUCUGCAGUGAUGCAUUCUUUGCCUAUGAUUGCUCUCGGAUUUCUUCGUCUUUGGACCGUUAAGGGUCUUGAAUACCAGGAGCACGUUACCGAAUACGGUGUACAUUGGAACUUUUUCUUCACUCUCGGACUUUUGCCAAUCUUUGUCACCAUUCUCCAGCCUGUCAUCAAGUACAUCCCCUCUUACAGCGCUUUUGGCUUUGCGCUGCUCGUUCCCUACGAGAUGCUGUUCACCUACUCCGACCUUGGUAUGUUCAUGUUCAUGGCACCUAGAGACGACUUCAUUUCAGCCAACCGUGAGGGUAUCUUCUCUUUCCUCGGCUACCUCUCCAUCUUCAUCGUCGGACAGGGCAUUGGUAUGGAGGCACUUCGUCGCGAUGUCAACGCUGCCACUCCCAUCACACAGAACGAUGAGUGGGUCGCUGAGAUGCUCGGUGGGACAGACAGCUUGAAGGAGGUCCGCAAGACUCGUGAGCACAACUCGAUGAUCAAGCUUGGCAAGUGGACUGGUAUCUGGAUUAUUACUUACGUCUUCUUGACAUGGCACUACGGUCCUCGCUUGACUGUUUCCCGCCGUCUGGCCAACCUGCCUUACCUAGCAUGGGUUGCAGCUUUCAACUGUGGACAACUCCUCCUCUUCCGCGUCAUUGAGGGUAUGCUUUUCCCCUUUAUUUACUCUUCUCGCGACAAGAAGAUUGAGCAGGAGCGAGUCAAGAAGGCGACCAGCAAGGUGCUCAACGCCUUCAACCGCAACGGAUUGGCAAUCUUCUGCCUUGCCAAUGUUUUGACUGGUGUUGUCAACAUGACCAUGCCUACACUGGACAUGAACGAUUACCAGGCCAUGGCAGUGUUGAUCAGCUACAUGGGCAUCUUGACUGGUGUUGGUUUGUUCUUGGACCAGCGCAACAUCACCAUCAAGCUGUAA